UAACAUUUUUCCAUUUUUGAGUAUUGCAAAACGAACUUUAAUUCUUAAAAAGUUUACUUCGCAAGAAUUAGAAUUUUUUCUCAGUUAUAGCGUCAAUAAUAGCCAAAACUUAGUUUCAUUUUCUAUCGGAGCUUGCGCACCAUUUGUUCGAACAUGGAUUCCUGGAACACCCUUAAUCUUCCACUAAUAUUUAAUAGACUUACUGUUUGAUUAGUAGUAUAUCCUUGAAAAGACCAAAAAAAUAAAAAUAGAAUAUAUUUAGACUUUAUUGUUACAUCUUGCUAAAGAACGUUUAUCAGAAAGUAGUUAGUUUAAUCUAUAAAAUGUCUCAGGCCUACAUUUACGCUUGCGAAAGGGCAGAAUUGUUAGGAUUACCAAUUCCAAGCGAGGAGGAGUGGAGAGAAGCGAACGAUCAUGUCAAUGAUAACGACGACGAUGCAGUGAUUCAAAACUUGGAUUCCUCUGAUGAAGCCGCUCAACGAAUAGGAGGUGGAUUAGAAGAAUUACACACUAUUCUCAAUGCAACACAGAAAAAAAUUAAUAGAUUCAAGAAUGUUUGUGGCAGUUUAAGUACUCUGUUGAAAGUAAAAGUGGGGUCUCGAAACAGUACACCAGAUCAUAAACACAGCAAGAAAAAUGACAAUGAUCCAAAAGAUCUUCUUGCUAAAACAUCAAUGAAUGAAGAAAAUUUAACAAUAGAACUAGCAAAUGAUGAGAAAUGUAUGGACAAAGCAGAAACUGAACCAGUAUUACCAAAAAAGAUUGACAUCAAUGAAAAAAUGGGAUCCCAUUUGGACAAGUUAGAUUCCCUUAUUACUAAAGCUGAAAAUGCUCAAUACAGUAUGCAACAUCAGACAAAACAAAUGAAAAAAUUUUUGAAGUAAUCAUUGAUGUACGAAGAUAAUGUCAAAUUCUUUGAAACCAAAUUUUUGGAUAUACAUAUGCAAUAUAACAUUUAGCAAAAUAUAAUUCUGAUGUAUCUAAUACCGUCUGGUACAUAUAAUAUGAAAUUUUGCUUUGAUAAUAAUAAUCAUUGCUGUACCUGGAAUUAGGUAUUAGACAAUACUAUUGUGCCAUGCAUACAAAAUAAUUUGCGAGAAGAGUAGUUACACAUUAUUUCUUACAGUAUCUUCUCCUAUUAAUUUUUCCAUUAUUUAGGCAAUACUUCAUGACUUCAGCCAGUACUUUCAAUUGAGCUAAAUCUGAUUUUGACAUGUCAUUUCCUCAUCCUUAAAUAAAGCAAAGAGGAGUUCAAAAAAAGAGAAAUUGAAGCUUAUCAAUCUGAUGGUUUAAGCUCUAAGACAAAGCUGUCUUAGUUUUAAGAGAUUUAUGUGUCUUAUGCUUGUAUAAGUGCAAAGUUCUUAUUAUUAUAUUUACUUUGAAAGUAAAUAUAAUUCCUGUUACAUAUUUCUUCACAUUUAAAAACUGAUAUUUAUAUUACAAUUAAAAUAAAUUACUUGUUACCAUAACUUGCAGAAUAUAUCAUUGUUUAAA